CAAACAAACGGGGCUGGGCAAUCGAAGUUGGGACAAUUUACGGAGGUUUCUGUUGCCGGAGAGUCGACGUCAACAAGGAUAUGUAUACGUUUAAUAUAAAUAGAAAGCUGUUUUUGUGUCUUCUUGCGGAGUAAAGAGGAUAUCCAUGUCGGUUUUUUUCCUUCGUGUUCGAGGACUUUGAUGUAUUUCGAUAGAAAUUGUAGCUUAACAGAAAAAACACCCUCCCGAAUUGAACUGAGGAUGAUUUUUGCUAAUACUGGAAACCCACUAAGGACACCGUAUCGAAAACAGCCACCUGCUGCCCCAUCCUCACACCCCAUGGCUCCACCCAGCCCAAGCACCAACAGCAGCACCAACAACAGCAGCAGCAGCAGCACUGCAGGCUGGGAGCAGCUCAGCAAAACAAACCUCUACAUCCGAGGCCUGUCCCCUUCGACCACAGACCACGAUCUGGUCAAGCUCUGUCAGCCGUAUGGCAAAAUUGUAUCAACAAAGGCAAUCCUGGACAAGACGACAAACAAAUGUAAAGGGUACGGCUUUGUGGACUUUGACAGCCCCGCUGCAGCUCAGAAAGCCGUAGCUGCCCUGAAGACCACUGGUGUCCAAGCUCAGAUGGCAAAGCAACAAGAACAAGACCCGACAAACCUGUACAUCUCCAACCUCCCAUUGUCUAUGGAUGAGCAGGAACUGGAGAACAUGCUAAAGCACUUUGGCCAGGUCAUAUCUACACGCGUCCUGAGGGACUCCAAUGGAGCCAGCAGGGGAGUGGGCUUUGCAAGGAUGGAGUCAACUGAAAAAUGUGAUGCUGUCAUUUCUCACUUCAAUGGAAAGUUUAUUAAAACACCUGCAGGUGUUCCAGCACCAUCUGAACCCUUGCUGUGCAAGUUUGCUGAUGGCGGACAGAAAAAGAGACAAAGUCAGAAUAAAUUUGCUCUGAAUGGUCGGGGGUGGGGAAGAGAAGGUGACUCCAGACUGGCUGGAAUGACACUCACCUAUGAUCCCAGUGCAGCAGCUUUGCAAAAUGGGUUUUUCCCACCAGCGUACAGUAUUUCAAACAGGAUGAUCGCUCAAACGUCCAUGUCCCCUUACAUGUCUCCACUUUCAACAUACCAGGUGCAGAACCCAUCCUGGGUGCCUCAUCAACCCUACAUAAUGCAGCACCCAGGUACAGUAAUAUCGCCCUCUAUGGACCCAUCCAUGUCACUACAACCCACUUCCAUGAUGGCUCCGCUUACACAACAGAUGAGUCACCUCUCUCUGGGCAGUGCAGGAACGUUUAUGGCCGCCAACACAGCUAUGCAGGGAGCGUACAUCCCCCAGUAUGCACACAUGCAGACGUCAAGUGUUCCUGUAGAGGAAAAUGGUGCUCAGUCACAGGUGGACUCUGGCAAUCCUUCGCCGUAUUCCUAACCUACAAACCAACAGUGCUGAGGUAACAUUUGGACAACGGCUACAACAAUCAUGUCUUCAAAAUGCAAUGGAUUCUAAGGAUCUUUCCACCGUUUUUGCACAGGAUCUGCAAACGUUGAAGUGAGACUAUUUUUGGUAUAAUUUUUCAGAGAGAAUAUCUGCGCUCAUCUAAUGAUUCAAAAAGAGUGACAAAGUUUUAUUUUCAUACUAGAAAACGUUUAUUUUGUUACCAAGGAUUUCCACGGGAUACAAGGAAGAAGAAUCAUGUGACCAGUUGUUCAAAGUGCAUGAGAAUAAAUCUGUCUUUUCUUAAUAUUUCCACAUCUUUUUUUCCUCUGAUGACAUUUUUGAAAAUGUGCUUGCUGUGUGAGUGUUGCUUUGGUGAAGUGUUUAGUGUUGUUCCCUUGUAAAGUGGUUUCUCUUAGUACUUUAGAUUGAUCUUGCUGUCUGAUUUUAAACUUGCCUUCACAGUUUUUGAUACAGAAGUUGUACAGACCAUCACAGAGAGUGGCAAUAAGCAAAAAUGUUGAGAGCGAUUGCCUUUGAAAUGAGCUAUGUAGGAGUUUUUUUUAAUGAAUUGUAUGUGUUUUUGCUCUUCCCCUCCAAUAAUUGUUAAAAAAUGAGAUUUUUUUUAGCGAGUAUGUUUUGAAUGAAAUGACUCUGCAUCUGAUAUUUUUAAUUGGAUGUUAUAUUUAUUUAGUCAGGAGACCUCACAUGUUUCAAGAUGUUGAGAGAUUCUGCUGAAAGAUCAACUUUUAAAUCUUGCCUUUUUGAUUAUUUUGUUUUGUAAAAUAGCAAAAAAAAGAAAUGCUUUGGUUGGGGGAUGAAAUGGGACAAAUAUGUUUUGUUUGUAUGUUGUGGUUUUCUACGGAAGCCCUGAGUGGACAUGCAUUCAUACAUUUGUUUUGUGCAGUUUUCCCAUAAAAGGGAGGAAAUUUCGGAGACAUUUUCAUGUUAUUAAAACAAAUAUCCUUGAAAACAAGCGGACGAUACUUAAAUGAAUGGAUGCAUAUCCACUUUUGGACUCCAUAGUUUUGUCUUUUUGGAUCAUUGUGAAUUUUAUUUUGGCGGGAUGUGUCUUUUUCAUGUUAUUUGUAAAAAUACCAGAAACACAGACUCAUGAUUGUGCAAAAACUCAUAAAGCCUUGUGACAGAAUUGAGGCAAAAGUUCAGCGAGUUGGGGUUAAAAUGAAACAAAAAUAUGUUUGACCUCGCUCUUUGAUAGGAAACAACAAGCAUGGCACUUUUACUCCACCAAAGAUAAAGCAUAAUUUAUCUCUUCAAACAGGAAAUAAGUGACUCUGCAAGCUAGAUUGUGCCUUUUUUGUCCAUUUAUGUUCAGUUAUAGGUUUUAGUUCAGCGCAGACACACAAAAGCAUGAAGGAAGGCCUGGAUCAUAGAAGUGCCACAGUCAAAAUCACACAUGGAGAGAAGAAAGAUCAACUUUAGGACAGAUGCGAAUCCAAUAUGACCUAGCACUAAAAGAAAAUGAGUAAAUUUAUGCUAAGCAGGCUUUCUGAUUCUAGGGUGAUUUGACCUGGUGGUCAGUGAGACCUGUUAUCUACCUCAGAGUUUUUUCUCCUCUGUACUAGGUCGGGUUUGCAGGUCCAGCCCGCCCUUCCAGACCAAAAGCCACGCUCAGGAGCUGGCCACAUACAGCUGUUUCCUUAUAGGUUGUUUGAAUACUUUUUUAUUUUCUCUUUUUUUUAACAAUAUAUUAUUGUUACCAUUAGGGGGUGGACAUAUGUUUCCACUCAUGUUCACACGUUCAGUGCUGCUGCUUUUAUAGUGCUAGAUCCCAGAAGGUCCAUCUCAGAUGUUAAAAAACAACAAUGACAACAAAGCGUUUGGGUGUUUAUCGAGUCUGUGCUCCUUUAAACAAACAUGUUUGUUGCUUUGUCUUGGGCGUAGACUAAAUGCACAGCAGCAUUCCCCCUCUGUAGUCCAACAAAUGUAAAGGGCCACUGUGAUUAUACUUGAGAUUUCCGUUCAAUGCCUGAGACUGAGGAGUUAUACUGUCUUAUGAGGUUAAUGCUGCUAGUGGUGUCUGAACCAAGUGCCAUAGUAUCUGGGUCAAGAGUUGCAGAAAUUGCAUCAAAGAUAAAUUGCUCAUAUAAGAAACCACCAUGUUGAACAGUCAUUAAGUUAUAUGAAAUAAUUUAUGAAGAGUUUUUUUUGUACAGACAGCUGGAGGAAAUAAGAGAUUUUCAUAGAACUAUAUGAAAGUUUUUAUUUUUUGUGCCACACAAUUGCCAGUGGUAACUCGUCUGUACAGUUUAAGAGACCUUUCCUCUGUUUUUGUUUUGUAGUGUUUCUUAAAGCCAAAGACUUUUUUUCAGUAGACUGUUGCCUAAGGUUUAAUCUUUCAUUUCUUUGACAUUUUUGAAUAAAAAUUUCCAACUUUUGAA